AUGAAUACGUAUGAUACAAAGCGAAAGUGAAAGGUCAUGAUUGAAGAGCCAAGUUAACCAUUCAUUUUUGCUAUUGAAUCAUGAAGCAUCGAAAAAGGAAAAGGUUUUAUAUACCUUUGAAGCAACAGCCAUUUCUUGUUGGAUUUUCCGGUAAAAUCAAGUAUGAUAGUAGAUUGAAGCCUCUGCGUAAGACUGGGAGAUAUAAAAGAUGGCUUGAGCUGGAAGAAAUUACCCGGCACAAGAAGAAAAUAUCAUUGGAAAAUUCUUCAGAAAUUAGCAAAGGAACUGGUAAUGUUGAUCCAUUUGCCAACAGUUUGCCGGGAAAAUACGAGAGCCAAAUUAACGUCAAAGAUAAAAAUUCUGUUAUUCGAACGGUCAAGAUUGAUUUGUUUUCGAAUGGAGAAAACUUGCUAAGGAUUCUUGAGGCUCAGUUUGGUUUAGAAUGUAUUACGGUUACCGUGUUCGUUUUAGAAAAAAAAAGUUGGACAGGAAAAAAUCCUUAUUUGAUCAAGGCAUAUUCUAUGACACAACAAUACGGCUGAAUACAAAAUUCAAGGAACAAAGGAAUAUAGGAAUGGAUGAUGUCCAACGACAAGAGCUGGCAAUUGAGAACUUUGGAACUGCAUUGACCUUAGAAGAAGUAGUUUGUAUCAAUAAGAGCGUAUUUGAAAGUGGGCAAAGUCAAAUAUUUGCUCGUGAUAUGAAAUCAAAUGCUCGAGCAAUAAAUGUUGACCUUUCUGCAAAUGGAACUGCUUUGAUACGAGCUCUAUGCGCAGAAUUUGGUGACGAAAUCCGUGGUUGGGACUUUCGUCAUGGUUCAACCAAGAUUGAUUUUACCUACUCAUUAUUGGACCAAGGAAUUACUCAUGGUUCUACUAUAGUCUUUAACGGCCAAGUUCUUGGAGGAAUGGACAAUGAAGAUUCAAGUCGAGAAAAUAUGGUUGGGAAUUCAUCGGAAAAUUCAGGAAACUGGAAACCUGAAAGGUGGACCAAGGCUGAAGUAGUCAAAUGGAUUGACAGUAUUUGUGACGAAUAUGAAAUAGAGAAAGAAGAAGUCGUUGAUCUUAAAAGAUCAAAUGGAAAAGGAUUAGAUUUGCUAAAGAAAGAAGAUUGGUUAAGGCGAUCACCCACGCAGGGAGAUAUGUUGUAUGAGCUGUGGAAACAAUUAAAGACUGAGGGUAGUAAUUCACCAAAGCAGCCAGAUAUAGUCUUUCCUGAGGAGAAGGAAAGAAGUCUGUACUGGAAGAGAAGCCGAGUGGCGCGAAGCAGACUGUACAAAAAGAAUCUCAUAGUGAAGCGAAAGUCGAUGACAGGACCAGCAGCCAGUGUAGCCGAGGGUGGUCGUAUUCAAAUAUUUAAUACGGAAACAGAUCCAGCCAGCUCUAGAUCCUCAGCUGUUAUGGGCUCAGAAGAUCAUCCACAUUUGUACGAGGAAAAAGAAGAACCCUCAUCACCUUCCUCUGAAACGUCUUCCCAGCAAGGCUUCGCGUAUCUCGAAACCUUCUCAGCUCAAGUAGACGGAGAAUUAUUAAGUGUGGGCAGCAAGAUAAAGAAAACAAACAGAAGGAUUUUUCUUCCUGUAACAUCUAGUUUUGACGAAAUUAGGAAAAAUGUUGUCGCAUUUAAGAAUAGUUUUGAUGGCGAUAUAUUUGUCGGUGUUGAAUUUGACGGUGAAGUGUCUCCAAGAUCGCUCGUAGAAGGGGAUCUUGUGCAAUGGAGAGAAAAGAUGGCGGCAAAGAUUGGUGCAAUUCUUCCUGGUGCAGAUGACCAGGUAUGCUUCUGCAAAAAUUUCGAUGAGGCAGCUGGGAAAAUUGGAAAAGAGUGUUUCAUUUCAAUCAUAAAACUUAAUAAUUCGCCUGACAUCCCGUUGGGAAUAAUUUGGAUUCAUGUUCCGCACGGGCAAGAAAAAAUAUAUUUUUCGAAAGCAACAGAUGUUCCUGCAUUUGUUCGUGUUGGUGCUGAAACAAAGCGAAUGAACAAUUACAAGGAAUUAUUUAGUCUUCUGGAAUCCCUUAAAUAUCGUGUAAUUAGACCAAGUCGGGAUUUUGAGCAAAUAUACGAGGAAGCCCGGUCAAACAUGGCGAGUAAGCAUACAUACAAAUUGUUUAAAACAAAGAAGGCAGAGAGUCACGAGCUUGAAUUUAAAAUGGUCUUCAGCCAAGAUCCUGUAAAGAAGAUAGCGGAAGAAUACAUCUCUAAAUAUUGUUGUGGUUUUCUCAAUUCUCAUUCUGGUACAAUUUACUUUGGUGUACAAGAGGACGAGGAUACGAAAGAGGGACUCGUCGUUGGCAUAGUUCUCCCAGAUGAGCAACGCAAUGAACUUAUGAAACGGUCAAUCGAAGUCCUUCAGGGAUUUUAUCCUCCAGUGGAUUUCAGCCAAAUCUUCUUUAGGUUUACCCCUGUCUUUAUUCCUUUUACUUCUGUGUUAAAAUAUCAAGAUGGCGACAAUGAUGGAAAGGUUGUUCUCCUGCAAGGUCCUGGGGAUGAAAUUGGCCAAAAGUUGCCUCGUUUUAUUAAGAGUAAAGCAGAGAAAAACUCUAAUAUACGUACCCGAGUUAUCCGGAUUAACUCCGAAAGUUUUUGUGUCGUGGGGGAAAAUUUCUCUGCCUCUGAAAAUUUAAUAAAUAAUGUGAAGGAUUUUCAAAAGAACUUAAAAAAGUCCUCUCUUAAAUCAAUCGAGGAAAGUGAUUUUCAAGAGAUACUCAAGGAUUUAUGUGUGGUUGAACUCCAUGUUGCAAAAUCAACGUACCCUGUUCACUUAACGAAACCACUGGAUACACAAAUAUUCGACUCCAAUGGAAAUUUGAUAAGUUUAUCUCACGAUGAGCUCAUACGUCGGUUUGAAAUGAAACCAGACUUUAAUAUCGAUAAGUUUUUAAAAGAUGUUAAUAACUUCGACCCAGCGGGUAACUCGUAUAUUAUGAUUUCAUCACCGUUCAAUUUACCACCUUUAGAACAAGACGUCUUUGGUUUAGUAAUACCUAAUUGGACUCUUGCAAUUGAUUUUGAUCAAGAUCCCAAAGAAGAUGGUCAUCUUUUUCAUUUGUUUGAAAAGCUACACGACGGAUAUCAUAAAGAGCGAGAUCGCUGUUUAGUAACGCCCCAGUCAGAUAAGCUUGACCUAAAUGCAGACCAUGGAGUUUGUUGGCUUGCUGCUCGCGGUCACAGAGGUAUUGCUGAUUCGUUGUCAAAGGAAAGCGAAGGUAAAAAUACAUGGAAUAUAACACACAGGAAAAUGAUUAAUACACUUCUUGACGAAGAGCUGACCCGCAACGUGAUGCCCAGUAAAAUACAUGUUGUAAUAUUUUGGGAUAGAGGAUGCAAGAGCCUCUCCUACUCCUUAAAUCUUCUCCUUGCUGACAUACUGAGCAUCUGUGAUAAUACAUCCGUGACAUUGGUAUGUUCUACAUCCGAAGCUCACUCGGACAUUGAUAAGGACAUGAAACUUCUGAAAGAAAACUGUACUAUUACCAAUGAGAGUAAUGUUCAUAUUGCCGCCCCAUUGCAUGUAUUGGCAAAACAUCUCGCAGUGAGUUUGCCAGAAACCUUUCGCCCUGAGGAUGACUACCAAGUACCAAAGAAGCAAUAUACCGAAAAUACAUCAUUGGUUACGGUGCCAACGGUGCUUCCUCAACGACUUAGACAGAAUAUUCAUGGUCGUUUGAAAAUGAUGUACAUUAACAAAAGUAGAAACGUAGAUGAAAAAAAAAUGGAUGAAGAAAGAAAAAAAUUCUAUACUGGUUCGCAAAUAAGCAUGCUCGGUCUGCGUGGAAGUAUUGGAAUUGAAAGAGAAAAGCUGAAAGAACUUGAUGGGGUGUUCCAAGAUUUGAAUAUUGACAAAAAAUCUCGCAUUUCAUUGAUAAUAGUCAAAGCGGACCGAGGAGCUGGGACUACUACGAUGUGUUUGCAGUUCCUCUAUAAACACCACGAGAAAAUACCAUGUGCCCAGUUAAUCGAAAUUCACCGCGACCUUUUGAGUUUUAUCGAAAAGAUCAACCAAAUAACCAAUCUCCCUCUUCUACUUUUAGUAGACGAAGAUGUUGGAAACCUGCAAGACUUCUUGGAUUUUAAAAAGGAUGCCGAAAAUCGUCGAACAGUAAAUAUAAUUUUUUUGUUAGUUGAACCGGUGCAGAUAGACAGAAAGCCCGCCAGAGAAGGACGAUCAGGGAAGCGUAAGAGACAAAGACGUAUUGGUGAUAGUUCAUUGUAUGGCACAUCUUGUUGUCGGGAAAUCACGCUUAAAAGAGAACUAGAAACGGUCGAAUUAGAAAAAUUGUCAUUCGAACUUUUAAAAAUUUGCCCCAAUGACGCUAGAGACAAAGUGACAGAUUUGAAAAAUCGUGCUUUGCUUGAUAACAGUCGCCUUUUACGAAGUUUUGCGUAUUUUAGCUUAACUGCAUUUGGAAAAGAAUUUUCUGACUUAUCAGAUUACGUAAAAUUCAGAUUGCAAAUGGCUACGGACAUACAGAAACAACUCUUAGCUUUCCUGUCAUUGACCCAUCUAUUCACAGGACAUAAACUUCCAGCGAGUGCGUUAGCGCGUUAUCUGAAUAAAGACAAAGUUAGUAUGAAGUCAGAAUUCCAAAACGUUUAUCUCCAAGAAAUGCUAAGCCCACCAGCACAAGAGACAGAUUCACGGCGAAUUUCGUUCCUAGAGGUUGCGAGUGAGAUUUUGAAUCAGCUCGCAGAAGAAAAUGAAGGUGAAGAAAACAUACAGGGCAAUUAUUGGUUAUACAUCAAAGACAUUGCUGUAGAAAUGGCAAGCAAAGUUCUCAGCGUCAACAUUGGUGCAUCCAAAAUCGAUCGUUUAACAAGGAAACUUUUUAUCAUCAGUGAAUAUGAAAGCGAAAAAUUCUCGUCCUUAAUCCGAAGUAUGCGCUAUAAAGGUAAUGCUGAUAUCGCUCGUGAUACACUAGUAGAGUUAGUUAAAGUCUUUCGGAAACAUCUUUCUUUCCGAGCUCAUUUACUCGCCCACUUGGGAAAGUACUAUAUGAUUGAGUACUCGGAUUUUCAAAAUGCGAAAUCGCGUAUUGAAGAAGCCGUAAAAGAUGUACCAAAUGACGCCCUGCUUCAUCACAUUCAUGGGGAUAUUAUACGCCGUUACAUUGAUAACUUGAAGAGUGAAGAGACUGUAAAUAUGCAAAAAAUUGUGCAGCUUGCUAUUGAAAGUAGCAGCUGUUUUCAGGAGGUUCGUGAACGGAGACCACAGAUGAGCUACGGCUACGUAUCCGAUGCGCUUGUUCAAAUUACUGUUAUGCAGGCGUGCAUUAAAUCUGCGAGAAGCGAUAAAGAUUAUGGAUUCGUUGAAUAUUUGAUUGAAAUGAUUGAACGUGUGAAAAGCUCUGGUAAACUAGGUGAACAAGAAAAAUAUUUACUAGUGUUAAUUACCAGCGCACACGAAUACCUUAAUGAAAGUAGCAAUGAAUAUGAGCAUAAGGAUAUACUAAGAAAAAAAUUCAAUGAAUGCAUUCCGAAAAUAACGGAGCUCAAGACUUUAUGUGAGAAAUUGGAAGCUGAGAGAAAGAAUUUUUCUGGGCAAAAGGCGUGGAUCGACGAAGUUAGCAAUAGAACAAACAGCUUAUUUUUGCAGCUCGAAAUCGAAAACAACAAAGAUAUGACUCAAGACGAUUUUGAGUUGCGCAUCAAGGAAAUCGAAGAACGUGCAUUUGACGAAGGCUCCAUGAAAUAUUGGUUUAGAUAUGUUAGAAAAAUACGAAUAGUGCCAUCACUUCCCAAUGUCGAAAAAAGAGUAAAGCGAUGGAUUGCACAAACAAAGAAGAUGAAUAUAAUAUCACCGCAUGCAGAAUUUUACAAUUAUGUUGUAGCAGUUUUGAUCGCUCUUAAGGAUCCUAACGAUGACCAAAAAAUGCAAAGAGCUGCUGAGCUGGUCAAGAAACAGCAGCGAAACAAAAGUGCAGGAGAUUCUCGAAAAAUACAUAAUACGUUAGAAUGGUUGUGUCCGAAGCAAGGUUCGCAUGUUAACUCUAUCGACAGUUUGCUCCUUAGUGAUGACCUCCUUAAAGAUAGCUGGGUUAAAGGAAAAGAAAUACCUCUUAAGGAAAGAUUGGAGAGCUGUCUUAGGAAAAAAAAUGUUUCCAGGUGGGACGGGGUUGUGGAAAAAAUCAAAAACGACUGGCAUGGUACUAUCAAGUUUCGUGGGCAUAUCGAUGUUUAUUUUUUACCACAGAGUAUUCGCUCGUCAAAGCCAGCAAUCGGUGAUACCGUAUCGUUUCAUUUAUCUUUCGACUGGCAUGGACCACGUGCCUGGUCAGUUGAGCGGGUCGCCGAUAGAAAUGCUUACAAAAAGACAUCAUAUUUGUCUGAUUCAGGCACAGAAGGUAGCGAUGACGAAAAGGAUGGCCAGGCCACAGGAUAUAAUGCCCCUCGUCCACUUUACUUCACCAACUUAGAGGACAAUGACAGCGAGGAAAAUACCUGGAGUCAUUAUGUUGAUAAACAGAUGAUAGGCACGGUUACAGCAAUGAAAGAGGAAGGGUAUGGUUUUAUUUCUCAUCCCGACGUGGAAGAUCACCUAUAAAUUUCUUCACCUAUAAAUAUGAUCAGCCGAUUGACGAUCUUAAAGUUCCUUGUACAUUUCGACGACAAUAAAAACAAGCUACGCGCUGUUAAUGUUCAUGUUGCAGAGGAAUCAGAGAUUGAUCUGCGAAUUAUGAGCUAUGCAAGACAAUUGGACAGAGACGCCGAAGGGACAAACAGAAAUAACUGGGGCCAUGUUGCAGAGCGUGAGCAAUCCAACUUUAUAAGAAACCCCUCGCGAGCAGGAUUAGAUUCCUUCAAUCCAGGUUACCAAACGGGGAAAAUUUCGAGGUUUUUUGAUGAUCGUGGUUAUGGAUUUAUUUAUGCAGAUAAUUUUGAAGAUCGUGUCUUUUUCCAUCGAGAUCAAUUAAUGCCAGACGUGGUGCCACAAGCUGGCACCCGCGUUAUAUUCUACUUAUCCACAAAUAAAGAAGGAUAUAUAGCCAGAAGUAUUAGUAGACUCUUGUAAUUUGUAUCAUUUAAUAUAUUUGUCCAAAGAAGCAAACAGCUUUCUUUAUUACAUGCAUGAAAAGAAAACCUUAAAUCUAAAUCUAAAACUUGUAAUCUAUAUCACUCAAGGUAUAUAAUAUAGUCCAAAGUUGAAAACAAUAAAAGCCCAUAGAAAAUCUCAAUAAGCCUUGUUCAUUUAUAAGCUAAUUACAUAAUUAUAAUGUUUAAUUACAUGUUUUAUUACAUAAUUACAAGUCACACAACAGUCCUUUUCACUUUUUCAGAUUGAAUCUUUAACACGAAGUGUUACAUCGAGCUAACUUAAGCGAUUGUCCGAAAAAAUGCCUGCUUAAUGCAGCAGAUUAUUAAGUAAUGUUUGUACUGAAUGACAGAAAUAUUAGAUAGCGACUCAUUUGUGUCAUUUUAUGAUAUGGCGAAGGGUUGCGAAUGCAUGCAUGUGCUAUUUUGAGAAGCAAUCGCAGAACACUUGUGAGAUGAUUAUGAAUUCGUCAUUUGCAUGGAACAUUGUGAAAACCGCAAGUGUCCAUCAUGCCAAAAAAUGUACGCAAUUUCCGAGUAACAUUUCGAGAAG